AUGGAGAACCCUUAUAAGGGCUCGCUGAGUGAUCAGUAUUAUCGGAAGAGUUCCCUUAAUGAACUGGAAACGCCCCUGAUUAGCUGCAAAGACAUCAUUCGGGCCCAGGAUGACUGGGAUGUGGAAGAGUUUAUCUCAAAAACCUGCAUGGGCAGGUUCCUGCAUCAUCCAGCUUUCAAGAUUCUGUUAGCGACUCUUGUAAUUGGCAACGCCAUCGUCAUUGCUCUCCGAACAGAGCCAACAUUAGAAGAGAAGUACUUUGGCUUAUUCUCUGCCAUUGACACGAUUGUGCUGUCUUUUCUGAUCUGUGAGGUCAUUCUCAACUGGUACUAUGGAUUCUGUUUGUACUGGAAGGAUGGCUGGAAUAUCAUCAAUUUUUGUAUUGUGUUGUACCUAUGCAUCGGUUUGAUCAUUCCUCUAUUGGAGAAUGAGACAGUUUUUCGAAUGGUCAGAGUCAUGAGGCUGAUACAAGUGUGUAGCUUGGUUAGUGGCCUGGCAAGAAUGAUCCAGGUGAUCUUGCAGUCCAUUCCUGACAUGGCAAAUAUCAUGAUCCUACUUUUUGCCAUCAUGCUGGUCUUCUCUGUGUUUGGAGUGACUCUCUUUGGCACCCUUGUUCCAAAGCAUUUUGGGAACCUGGGAACGGCUCUGUAUUCCCUUUUCAUCUGCGUCACCCAGGAUGGAUGGAUUAAUAUUUAUAAUGAUUUUGAACAUGAAGGUAAAGCCUUAGAGAUAGGUGGGGCCCUCUACUUUUUUAUCUUCAUCACUUUUGGGGCCUUCAUCUUUGCAAAUCUGCUGGUGGCUGUGGUGACAACCAACUUGGAACAAUCUAUGGCUGCGUAUCAUGAGAAGAAGCAAUUGAAAACCAAUUUUCCUUCCCUUGGAGGCUUUGCUGGAUUUGAUGAUGGCACCGAUGAUGACUUCACUGCAUCCCAGUCAGAAGCGGUGCAUAUAAAGGAAGUUAUUCAGGGAACACCCAUGGUCCAUCAUCAGGAGUUGCUCAGCUUUGGCAAUUUGGCCAACUUGAAUGAGACAACUUGUGAAGAUCUCUGCCUUGUCUUGGAAGCGAUCCAUGAGAACUUAAAGGAAUAUCAAAUGAUCAGGGAUGAAUUGGACCAAAUAGUCCAGGAAGUGAGGUCCCUCAAAUUCAAUGUAGAGCAGGAGCAGGAGAUUGUGCUACGAAACAUCCGUGGGGCAAACAUUUCAGAAACAAUGAUUGCCAACAAUACCAUUUAUGCAAAGACUGGUGAUGUUCUGUCUACGCUGAUGAACCUGGAGAAGUCACACUUACUUGAUAGAGAGUACCAGAAAGGAGAUGUAAAAUCAGCAGCCAUGAGAGCCUUGCGACAGUCUGCACCAGCAAAAUUCGACAAACAACAGAGGAACUCGCCUGCAGGAAUGACUCAACGAGAUACCUUGCAGUCAAACAUGCCUCCUCCAUCUAGAGCGUCUACAGAUCAAAGCCAGAGAUACCCAGACAGCCUGUCUGGAAGUAGCGAAGACAAGAAUCAGUACAGGAAGAAUCAGUAA